AUGUCACCGGCUGCCGAUGCGAUUUUUGUAGCCGUCGCGCUGCUAUUGUGCUCCAAUGCCCUCGCGCUGUCGAGCGCCCUGGGUAACGAGUCGGCGGAAUCUACAACAGAGCCUACCACACCCACUACAACAGAGUCUACCACAUCCACUGCACCUGCAGACGAAGCGGAGGACGAGGACGAGCUCAGCAGCACGUGCGAUGAUGGCAUCAUUUUCCUUUCGGCUCGGACGUAUACGCGCAUGGUUUUAAUCGUUGAAGACUGCGUGCUUGUUGGCAUCCCGGGCACCGUCUUGGCCGCCCCCAUUGUCUUCAACAAGCACGGCGAGCUGAAUGGCACACUGGUUUUCGACACUGGCAGCUUUGCAUGGAACGAGCCCUGUGUUAACGCUGGGGGCUCCUUGACGUUGAAUGGCGACAUCAUCUUCCGGAAUUGCUACAACCCAGAAUUGGGCGGCGCCAUCCGCUCCAUGACCUGGAACAUGAGGAACGGCAUGAACGCCGUGGGCCUUGUUGCACAGUUUGCUGGCCGGCUGCUCUUUGAAAACUGCAGCGCAAAGCUUGGAGGGGGCGCCAUUGCAGCUCAAGGUAUCGAGCUGCAUGGUGAGGAGGUGACCUUUCUCAACUGCAGGGCACCAGAAGGCCAAGGGGGCGCAAUCUAUAGCCAGUAUGGCGUGGACAUGUCAGCCAAACGGGUGACCUUCUGGCUCUGUUCCGCAGUGACGGGCUCAGCCAUCUGGUCCGACUCGCACUUGGUGCUACGAGGUCCUUCCGUCGAUGUUACGCGAUGCCACUGCAAGGGCAAAAAGGGCUCAGCUACUUCCAUCCUCCGGGCCGGCUUCCGCCAGCGCACAAUGCUUGUGGACAUGGACGUCUUUACCUCAACGUGCAGCUACGGUCUCAUUGCGACCGGGGCCUUCUCGCUCGUGAUCCGGAACGCCACGUUUUCCUUCCUAAACCGCGGAGCUAUCCAGGCGGACUUUGUUUUAGAGCUGGACAUCAUACACAGCCGGAUGGAGCACAUGCAGCAGUUCCUGCAGGCCCGCAGCGCGCGCAAGGUGAGCCUCGCCGGUUUGGAUUUGUUCUGCACCCCUGUCUCCCCGACUCGCUGCAUCGACUUGAACUUCUGGACUUCGGGCGCAGAGAUCGCGAUCUCGGACGUCCAAAUCCGUCACAGGGUUGUUUCUCUCCAUAGUGGGGACGCGAUGCUGCUGGAGUACCCUGUAAGUACCAGCUGGGCUGAUCGUGAGUUCGAAGCCAAGCUGACGUGCUCGGCUGGCUCAUAUCCGGAUGUUACCUUGGAAGACCAGGACCAUUGGGAGGUGAAGACAGUACCCGAGCAGAAGGUUCACACACUGGACUGCUCCACCUUGGUUCCUGAAGGUUGCUGCAUCACGGCACCCGGAACUGGUGGCCCUGGGCAUGUCAUGCAGCACUCGGUUCAUUUGACAGAUCGCCCCUGCAGCGAGUCAUUCCCAUGCCUGUGCAUGGAUGCUUUCUGCAAUCAGUGUACCGUUCGGACAAGGAUGAAGGUGCUGAGGGCGAGGUGUGCAGACUGCAGCUAUGGAAGUUUGUCGCCGGUUCCCAUAUCGAUGAUGAUGGAGCAGCAGCACAUGCAGUUGAACACAGGCCGCUGGCACUGGCAGAAGAACUAUUGCAAUGACUGCAACCUUGUCCAAGAGUCUGUGGAGUCUAUCAUCUCCUGUGGGAAGGGCACGAUGGUCCUACCUCGCGGGAUCAUGGUAACUCUGCAUCCUAUGCCGGCAGUCCCGGAUCGCCAGACCAUCCUAGCCUGGCGUUGUCCGAACCCGGGUGCGUGUCCUGGACACAAGCAAGAGCUCGGACUGGAGGGCCUCACUCGACAGUGCUCUCCGGGCUAUGCAGAAGGCAUCCCCGGCUGCGUCCAAUGUGCACCUGGAUACGGUCGAAAGGUGAACGACCCCUUCAUUUGCCAGCAGUGCCCGCCCAGACGGUUCCAGUGGUCCAUGUUAGCCUUGAAGCAUGCCGGCCUCUUCGUGCUUGGUCUAAUCUCUGCUCGAAAGGCCUCGCGAAGGCGAACCAGCGUCAUCUUCAAGAUCAUGGUUUCCUUUGGGACUGCAGCUAACUGCAUCCUCCAAGCUGUCUCCAGUCUCAGCGAGUACCAGCUGGCAAAGAACUCCAUCCGGCGAUACCUUGGGCUGACAGAGACCCUGACAUCUGGGACAAGCUUGUACAACUUGCUUAGCUACGAAUGUCUUCUGCAGACCACCAGGGUACCGGAGUAUGGAUGGGUGAUUAUUGGGCUCGUGCCACCGCUGCUGCUACUGUUUUUCUGUUGGAUUGUGGGGUCCAUCGCAAGCCGCUACGGCUUCCGACACGACAUUCUGAUGCUGCAAGCCACUUUGGUCCUGGGCAACAACUACAUGGGAAGCGCAUGUGCAAGCUUCAUGAAGCCGCUGUCGUGCUUCCAGAUGCAGAAAAGCGUCGGAGGCCACAAGCCCCACUUCUUCUGCUCCUUCACCUUGGGGCCCUGCCGAUCUCUGCGCUUUCAAGCUACGGCUGCAAUCGGCAUCUUCGUAUUGAUUCUGGCCGUACCCAUGUAUUGGCUGGAGAUGAUUCGGAGAUCGCACAGCUGGCGUCCGGAAGCUCGAAGACAGAGCAUGGGAUUUCUCAUCUCUGGCUACAGAAUGAGUGUGGAAUGGUGGGAGGUCGUACCACUGCUGCGGAAAGUGUGUCUGCUCCAAGUACGAGUCUUCUUUCCCCCGAGUUACGCGGCCUCCACGAACCUUGCCCUCACCCUUGGCAUCCUCAUGGGUAGCCUCACUCUGCACGCCUUUGUGCAGCCGUACGAGGACUCCUUCCUGAACCGAAUCGAGGGUUCCACCCUGGCGGCCAGUUGCAUAUCGCUGCUGCUGGCAAGCUUGGCCGUGGCCACGGAGUGGAACAAGAAUGAAACCGUGACGCUCCGGUAUCUCGUGUUGCUGACCUUCGUCCUGGCCUCCAGUUCUGUGGUGCUCUUUGCGCUGCUGGCAAGGUCGUUUAUUCAGCAGGUCGCACAGAAGCGGAGGAGGCAAAUCGGCUUGACACUGGAGAUGGAGCGGUGCCCCUCAAGGGCCAUGACCCUGACCUCCGCGACAAUGUCUGACAUGACCAUGUCGGAUUGGCCACUGGGGAGCGAGCUAACUCCCCCUUCUUUGACCGAGCAGGACAACGAGCAGGACAAGGCGCAGUAG